UUCAGUGGAAAAUUCAUUGGCCUUCAUUUUUUGGUCUGGCCGUCGCUCGACCAGUCACGAAACAAAGAAAGAUCCGUUGGGGUCUUGCUGGCAGCGCGAGGAAAGUGUGCUCGGAGUGACAGUCAAAUUCAAGUGCCAUCGUUUUGAACCUCCUCACAGAUUUUCAAGGCAAACGCUUGUUAUAUUUAAUUCCAUUUUGGCAUUCUACUACAUGUACUUGCCUGUGUUGGUUUCAGUUUUCCCUCUUGUUGCUAUUCCUAUAACAUUGUGCUAUUCCUAACAUUGAGCCGCAAUAGCCUUGCUAGAUUUCCAUUAUCUUUCUUUUCUAAACAACAUGGCUUCGACGCCCUCCUCCGUUAUCUCUGACGCCAACACCAACAGCAUUGGUCGAUUAAGAUGCUCCUUUUCUGACCCAGCCAACGACGAUGCAGGAGCAGAUCCUUCCUCUUUCCUUUGGUUUAGACCCAACCAGGGAAAGAGAUCCUCCUUUGUCUUGGAUCUCCCAAAGAAAACUUCAGAUUCCACUGCUACCCCAGAACCUACUUUCCACAUCAUUGAGGCAUCUCCCUGUCAAUGCUACGUGGAUUUUGUGGCUGAAACCACCACCACCAGCAACAGAGACAGAGACAGCAAUUUCUUCUUUCUCGGAGGCUUCCAAUUGAUAAGUACGGCACGUUCCAUUGAAGUUUAUGUCAUGAAAAAAGGAAGUAACGAAGAGGAACUCCUCAUGACCUGUAGAGGGAUUCCAGUACGAGACAAAGAUUCUAACAAUGGCACCUCUGACUGUUUCAAAGUAUUCUCGGUUGUCCCAGGAGGUCCUCGACCUGUACACCAAUUGAGAUUGCAGUUGGCUAAUGCAGACUCCAGUGUCACCCGUACCAAACUCGUAUCCAUUCAGUUAACGGGCAGGAUACCAGACCGGCCCAAUCAAAAGCACUCACACCCACAUCAGCAAUCUCCAAUACCCCAAAUGACACCUCCAUCCGCCAAAAGAAUGCAACAAAUGAUGAUGGCGGCGGCGGCUGCUGGAAAUACUACAAGUGCCGGUUUCCUCUCCGCAACGCCCAUUGCCAGUGGCUCAACCCCACGAAAUCCAUUCUUUACACCCGCAUCGUCGCCGCCGCCAAUGGCACCGCCCUUCCCCAUCAACCAUGCUGCAGCUGCUGCUCAAACAAUCCCUACUUCCAACUCAUUUGCGAGUCCAUCAAUCCCUGGUAGCACAGUCAGCAGUAGUGCCAAUGAUCAUUCAAAUCUCAGCGCCGAAGCUAUUGUUGCGGGUGUCUCCUUUCUCGUCCGCUCCGAGGGCCAGACAACUGUUCAGCUCCUGCAAAAUGAAUUGCAGAAAAACCAGAUCGCCGUAGAUCACAAAUUGCAAACCAUGGAGCAAAAGCUGCAACAGCAACAAGCCAUGAUGGCUGCCAUGAUGCAGCAACAACAAACCAUGAUGAUCAUGCUACAACAGUAUCAACAACAGCAGCAGCAUCUCCACUUGCAAUGGAUGGCCAUGUCAAGCGAGGAACAACAACCACAAACGCCACAAAAACAACCACAAUAUGUUGAGCAACAAGAACAGCACGAGUUUGUCGAAUUGCACGGAGAACUCGCUGGGAAUAGUCCUCACAAUGAAUUCGACGACCAGUUUCCAAUGGAAUCGACAUAUGAUCCUACGUGUCGUGUGCCACUGCCAGAUCCUACUGAAGAUACUAAAGAAGAAACCACCGAAGCGCAAAUUUCCACCCGUGAAAAGAUGGAAGAAGCUCCUGACCCACCAUCGGCGCGAGACAAAAAGCAAGAUGCGCCACAAGGAAAUGAUGAUGCUGGACAACCCAACGACGACAAAAGCAAAGCUCUUGCCAUUGAAGUAGACCCGGAAGACGAAGAAGCCAACAACGAAGAAGAAACUAAAACUGUCGACGACGCGGAUGCAAUCAGAGUCCACAGCAAGGAUGAUAACGAUGAUGAUGACGACGACAAAGACACCAUUGGCGGUUCACCAGGGUUGGGAGGCGACAGGAGGACGCAGAAUGCCGCACAAGAAAGCAGCCGUUCGAGCAAAGACCCUAGCCCACGGGGAGGCCAUGGAGAAACCUCAAAACCAGAGGGUAAGGAAGCCGAUACCAUGGAGGGAAGCGAAUUGCCUCAAGGGAAAGAAGAAACAACGCUGGAGACUUUGAUUUACAAUGCGGAUGAUGACAGCAAAGGCAAUACUGUCUGUGAUAGCAUAAUGCAGAAACACCUUGUGUUCGCGGCCCCUCCGUUUUUGUUUCCAACAAACAUGGGACCUUCGGCAAGUCACGACGACCUAGUAGGAGACACGGCAAUGGGGGCAAAGGAUGAUGAGGUGCCUGAUGAGUUUCCUUCAAUCGAAAAGAAGGUCUCCAUGGUAGAUCAUUUAUCAAUACGCUAUUGCAGCACAGGAAUCACAGAGAUACCAUCGCUUCCUUCUCAAAACACCAUGACCUUCACGGGACACCAUGAUGAUGAAAUCGAUCAAGCAGAUUCGAUUGAGGUAUUGGCUGUGUUCCCGACCUCUCCAUCUGGUUUGGGAGUGGAGUCCCCAGAAUCAACCCCCUCUUCCAAGUCAUCAUCCCAACUUUCUUCUCCCAGCUAUGAUGACGGCGACAUCGACGACGAAAACCCCAGUGAUACAUCGGACGAAGGUUAUGACAGUCAAGAGAUUGAUGAUCUCGUUUCCGUGUCGCUACUUGAAAACAUCGAGAACAAGCAACCGCUUGUGUCCAUUCUGAAAAAUGGUGCCGGCAGCAAAGAACUCAAGACCAAGGAACUUUCUCGAACGCAGCCUUCGAGAAGCUCGCAAACGCACUUGUUUUACUAAGGAUGCAUCGUUAUUGGUACCGCAUAGUAACUGCAUUGCUUCAACUUGUCGAGGCCUCUGAUAGGAACUGAAAGUGCCGUGUUGUCUUCGAAAGAGAUAUCUUAACCACUAGUCUAGUAUUUGAUUAGAACCAACGUUGAGAAGAUUGUCA